AUCUUUUUUAAAGUUGUUUACACAAUGUGAACAAACGUAACAGCGUAUUUGUUGAUGUUAUCUUUCUUCCAAAAACGAUGCCUACUUGUAAAGCUUAUGGCUGUAGAAAUAGUACUGGGAAAGGAGAGGUGAAGAAGUCUUUUUUUAUGAUUCCUCGACCGAACAGUAACGAAGAAAAGUUGCGUUGUUUGAGAUGGAUAAACAACAUGGGUCGUGCCGAUGUGAACAUCAAUACGUUGAAAUUUGGUAAAGACGCUGUGUUAUGCGAAGAUCAUUUUCACCCAGAUUGUUUAAAAAAAGAAAUAACAUUGCCGGAAUAUUUUACGAAAAGAAAAAAGAAAGAGUUAGUACCAGGGGCAGUGCCAACAAAAUUUUCGCACAAAACAUACGAUGAAAUAAACAUGGACGGCACAAAACAUUUACAGCAACGAAAAUUAUCUGUUAGACGAAGUGAAGAAUUAGCACGUUCUGAACUUAUCGGCCAUCUGCUAACGGAAAACGAAGUUUCUCAAAACGAAACUGUGAAUGUUCAAACAAAUCCAACUUUGGUUGAAGAAGAAACCAUCAUGAUCAUAAAUGUGAAGGAUAUUAUUGAACCAACCCACAAGAACGUUGGAGUUCAAUGUGAAAUAUCACUAAGCGACUUAAACAGAAGCUGUCAAACUGAUCGGUUAGAAUCAUGUGACUUUGAAAUGCAAGCUCCCGAGUAUUAUUCCAUUUCUGCUAAUUACGUUGCUGUGGUAAACGAUCACGCAUAUUCCAAAGAAAAAACUGUUUGCUCCACUCCUUCUAAAAGAAAGCACGUUUGUGAGGACGUCUCACUCUCUCCUAUAAACUCGUCAUUACAAUUCUUACCAACUGACGAUGAAAAAGACUCUGAUUACAUCGCUGAAAGUGCAGAAGAGUCAAUCAAUAUUAGUGAUGCUCAUGAAACCGAACGAAGCAUUUUAAAAGAAAAGAAAUUUGUUGUUUCCGAAAGCAUGCUAGAUGAAAUAUUUAACUUACUGCCCUGUCGUUCAUGUGAUGGAACCGCAACCAGUAUCGAAAAGCGUGAGCAGGGAACGUGUGUACUAUACAAAGGGUAUUGCAUCAAUGAGCAUGUGGUUUUUGACUGGAAAAGUCAACCCAUGCUUGGAAAAAUGCCAGCAUUUAAUUUGUUGCUAUCCUCUGCAAUAUUUUGUUCAGGAAACACAUAUGAAAGGGUGAAGAAAGUUGCGAAUUUUUCUGGUUUAAAUUUUGUCAAUCAACGAACAUACUAUGAUGUUCACGAUCACUGAUAAUCCCAACUGUAAACGACCAUUUCGUGAAAAAUAUUGCCAGUGC